AUGAAAAUCAUAAUUAGAUAUUAUAAUGAAUGGGGAAUUUUGAAUGUCGAGCAACUCAAAAUCUCGUCGAAAUAUAAAAUAUCCGAGUUGUAUGAUUAAGUUUCAAAUUUGACAGGAAUUGAUUAAAACCAACUGAAAUUGAUUUUGAUAUAAACCAAUGAGAAAGUAACAUUUUAGAUUAAGAAGAUUGUUCUUGAUGAAUUAAACCUUUACAUAUGUGAUUAUUAGAUUUAAUAAGGCUCUGCCAUAUUCGCAUAAAAAACCACAGAUCCCUUCUCCGAUAUGGCUUCUUCAUUUUCAUCGUAAUUCGAUCCCUCGCAAUUUCUUGAUACUUCAGCUAAUUCCACUCCUGAACAAGAGACCAUGUUCUAACUAAUCAGAAUGUCUCUUCUGAGUGACCUGGAACUCUUUUUGGAAGACAGAAAUGAUCGAGCCUAAUUGAUAAAUGGAAUUGAAUUGACAGGAUGGAAUGCACUCCAUCUAGUCACCUUUUUAGGAGAUGACAAGAUGUACUUAUGGUUAAUCAGUUCUGGAGGUGACAUCUCUAUUCUCUCCAAAGAUGGGUGGAAUUGCUUAUAAAUAGCCAUUUGGUAAUCAAACAUCAAAAUGGCAAACCUCAUCAUAGGUUCCAACUCAAUCAACGUCAAUCAGAUAACCACCAAAGGAACUGCUCUACAUAUUGCUGCCUAAAUCGAUGAUCAAGAACUUAUAGAGUUGUUAUUGAAACACCCCAAAAUAGACAUCUCAAUAACAUUCCAAGGCAAGUCUGUUGUCGAUGUGGCAGGAGAAAGAACUAAGAAAAUCCUCCAAAAGGAACUCCUCAUUCUAAGAAACAAACAAUUUGACAUCAUCAAUUCCUUUAGGUAAUCCAUUUGCACAUUCUAUUCACUCAACUCCUUCUUCACUAAUCGACCACAAAAACCUCCCAUUAUUAAAGGAAGUGCAAAAGUAGUUUCCUAUUUCAAAUUACUUCUAAUUGAUAACUACCUUAUUUGCGAUCCAGACUCAGGAGCCAUUGCAAGAUAUAAGACAUCCAUCUAAUACCCUUUUAAUCCCAAUUAAUUCCCUUGGAGUUUAUCAAUGAAAUCAAGUUAUCAAAGGAUCUUUGGUUCCAAGACAAAAAGCUAUUCUAUCUAGAAAUACAGUACUUUAACAAGCAUUUGCAUAUUGCAUUUCAAACCAAAAAUGCUGCUCGAUAGUGGCUGGAAUCCAUCAAAAAUUCAAUUGGGUAUUGUAGAUACACCAAUCAAAAAUUGA